AUGGUGGCCGCUGCCUUGGGCAGUGGCCGCGGCGAGCAGCUGCCAGGCGAGCAGCUGCCAGGCGAGCAGCUGCCAGGCGAGCAGCUGCCAGGCGAGCAGCUGCCAGGCGACCUGCUGCGAGGCGACCUGCUGCGAGGCGACGUCUGCCGCCGCGCUGGCCACCCGCUUCCUCGCCAGCCCCUUCUCACUCUCGAGGAGGAGCUCUGCGAUGUGCUUGGCGUCAGUCUGGACGACGCCGACGUGGUUGUCCUCCGGGAGGCCCUUCGGCGGGGCUGCGUCCACCCGCGACUCAGGUCCGGGUUUGACCUGGGCGCGCAGUGCGCUUCGUCUCCCUGGGGCAACCCUUUCCCCCUUCGCGAUCCCCGCGACUCGUUUGGGCGCAGGGAGUGCGUCCGCGAGUUUGCUGCGCGCCUUCGGGCCAGCCCUGCUUUUGUCGAGCGCGUCCGGCGGGAGCUCGCGGGUUUCUUUCUCGCCUGCUGUUGCUCCUCUUGCUCGGACCCCUCGAAGCGCCGACUUUGCCACGGGCACGUCCUCUUCUACAUCGCUAAUUGCUCGGCCUACGACCUCCGCGCCUUCCUCUCGCCGGAUGCCUCUGCCCUGGACGAGGUCACAUGGACCACCAAGAACUGGCACGGGCUGCAGAUGCAGCGCUUGUCUGUCGUCCUCCACACCGCCGUGGCGUGGCAGACGGUGAACGAGCUAGCGUGCGGGGAGAGCGGCAUUGUGCAUGGUGCGGAGUGCAUUGCCGUUCUUAACGGAGUCGCUUAG